GGUGGACGGUGAUGGACUCACUCCCGAAAUUGGUUUGUCGACAACUGCUGAAAUGGUCGAUGUUACCAUUGAGAAUGAGGGUGAUGCUACUGCCAACAUUGGGUUGGACGCAAACGCGGACAGUUUGGACAUCUUCGAAGUGGAGGCACUUGAAGAGGUUGCAAUGGGUCAGGUCAGGUGAGGUUGUGCCAAACAAACAGCAACCCAAACAGCGCACAAACCAAAGCUGUGUGGAAGAGGCGAGCAGUCUCAUUGAAAAUCACCAUGCGCAGCUGAAAGAGAUUUUGGAGAGACAACACAAGGAGCACAUGGGUGUUUUAAAUGGAAUUCACGAUACACUGAGAGCUCUGCUGGAAACCAUGACGGGAGCGACUGUUGCAUAAGGAGUAGGCACAGCAAAAUAU